AUGAAGUUUAACGUCGCUAAUCCAACCACUGGGUGCCAGAAGAAGCUCGAGAUCGACGAUGAUCAGAAACUCCGUGCGUUUUAUGAUAAGAGGCUCUCCCAGGAAGUCAGUGGAGAUGCUUUGGGCGAGGAGUUCAAGGGAUACGUUUUCAAGAUCAUGGGUGGUUGCGACAAGCAAGGUUUCCCAAUGAAGCAGGGAGUUCUGACUCCAGGCCGUGUUCGCCUUUUGCUUCACCGAGGAACUCCUUGCUUCAGAGGACAUGGAAGGAGAACCGGUGAGAGGAGGAGAAAGUCCGUCCGUGGUUGCAUUGUGAGCCCUGACCUCUCUGUUCUCAACCUUGUGAUUGUGAAGAAGGGUGAGCACGAGCUUCCGGGACUUACCGAUACCGAGAAGCCAAGAAUGAGAGGACCUAAGAGAGCCUCAAAGAUCCGCAAGCUGUUUAACCUCAAGAAGGAAGAUGAUGUGAGGACCUACGUCAACACUUACCGCCGCAAGUUCACAAACAAGAAGGGCAAGGAAGUGAGCAAAGCCCCUAAGAUCCAGAGGCUUGUGACACCGUUGACUCUUCAGAGGAAGAGAGCUAGAAUUGCUGACAAGAAGAAGAGGAUUGCGAAGGCUACCUCUGAUGCUGCCGAGUACCAGAAGCUCCUUGCCUCGAGGUUGAAGGAACAGAGAGACAGGAGGAGUGAGAGUUUGGCAAAGAAGAGGUCCAGACUUUCUUCUGCUGCUGCCAAGCCCGCCGUUACUGCUUAA